AAAUAUCUGUAUUUGAUUUUUUUGGGAUUUGCUAAAACCCUGCCAAAACCCCCCACCCACCUCAAUUCCCCAUGGUUGGGUCCUGCUCUACUGUUGUAUUGUAAUGGCCGUCGCUAGAGCUCAUCUCUUCCCCAUUUCCGUCUCUGAACACGAUGUCUCCUCCUCAUUUCUGGGGUCGUCUACUAGGGUUUGGAGAUUCUUCUUCGCGUGUCCUUGCCAUGCCAGAAUCAAACGCACCCAUUUACUCACAACCGCUGUUUAUACCGAAGGCGUUUCAAUCACCCGGUCGGUGCAACGACGGGAGAGGAUGGAGCCGGAAAGCGACGACAUAACGAUUCUGAACGAGAGGAUUCGUCGCGAGCAGAGUAAGAGGGAUGUUUCGAGGGCUCCGGUGGUGGAUUCGGAGGAGGCGGAUAAGUAUAUUCAGCUGGUGAAGGAGCAGCAGCGGAGGGGUUUGCAGAAGCUGAAGGGUGAGAGGGUGGGGAAGGAGAAUGGGCAAUUCAGUUAUAAGGUUGAUCCUUAUACGCUUCGUUCUGGAGAUUAUGUUGUGCAUAAGAAGGUGGGUAUCGGGCGAUUUGUCGGGAUUAAGUUGGACGUUCCCAAGGAUUCUUCCAACCCAAUUGAGUAUGUGUUUAUAGAGUAUGCAGAUGGAAUGGCAAAGCUUCCGGUGAAGCAAGCUUCUCGUAUGCUUUAUCGAUAUAAUCUCCCCAGUGAAUCAAAAAGGCCCCGCACAUUGAGCAAGUUAAGUGAUACUAGUAUAUGGGAAAGGAGAAGGAUAAAAGGUCGGGUUGCCAUUCAGAAAAUGGUUGUUGAUUUGAUGGAGCUGUAUUUACAUCGGCUGAAACAAAAAAGGCCUCCCUAUCCAAAGAGUCCUGGCAUGGCUGAGUUUGAAGCUCAGUUUUCUUAUGAGCCGACACCGGAUCAAAAACAGGCUUUCAUUGAUGUUGAGAAGGACUUGACAGAGAGAGAAACUCCAAUGGACAGAUUAAUUUGUGGAGAUGUUGGGUUUGGCAAAACUGAAGUUGCAAUACGGGCAAUAUUUCGUGUUGUCUCAGCAGGGAAGCAAGCUAUGGUUCUGGCACCUACAAUUGUUUUAGCCAAACAACAUUUUGAUGUUAUUACAGAGCGGUUCUCUAAGUAUCCUAACAUCAAGGUUGGGCUUCUGAGCAGAUUUCAGACCACAGCAGAGAAAGAGAAGCAUCUGCGCAUGAUUAAACAUGGUGAUCUAGACAUUAUUGUGGGAACUCACUCGCUUCUUGGAAAUCGUGUUGUUUAUAGUAAUCUAGGCCUUCUUGUGGUCGAUGAGGAACAGAGGUUUGGUGUCAAACAGAAGGAGAAGAUUGCUUCAUUUAAAACUUCAGUUGAUGUUCUCACUCUUUCUGCAACACCCAUCCCACGAACCCUUUAUUUAGCAUUGACUGGGUUUCGUGAUGCUAGUUUGAUUUCAACACCACCUCCAGAAAGAGUUCCCAUCAUAACUCAUCUUUCAGCAUACAAUAAAGAGAAGAUAAUAUCGGCAAUCAAGUUUGAGCUGGGCCGAGGUGGCCAAGUUUUCUAUGUUUUGCCUCGUAUAAAAGGACUUGAAGAAGUGAUGGAAUUUCUUGAAUGCUCAUUUCCAGAUGUUGAAAUAGCUAUUGCACAUGGCAAGCAAUACUCAAAGCAGCUUGAGGAAACCAUGGAUAGAUUUGCACAAGGAGAAAUUAAGAUUCUUAUAUGCACAAAUAUAGUAGAAAGUGGACUUGACAUUCAGAAUGCAAACACCAUCAUAAUUCAGGAAGUUCAACAAUUUGGCCUGGCACAAUUAUACCAGUUGCGUGGAAGAGUGGGGCGUGCAGAUAAGGAAGCUCAUGCAUACUUGUUUUACCCUGAUAAGUCACUGCUGUCUGAUCAAGCACUGGAGAGACUGUCAGCUCUUGAAGAAUGUCGUGACCUUGGUCAAGGUUUUCAACUUGCAGAGAGAGACAUGGGUAUAAGAGGCUUUGGUAACAUCUUUGGUGAGCAGCAGACAGGGGAUGUUGGAAAUGUAGGCAUUGAUCUCUUCUUUGAAAUGCUUUUUGAGAGCUUGUCAAAGGUUGAAGAGCACCGUCUUAUUUCAGUUCCUUACCAAUCAGUGCAGUUUGACAUAAAUAUAAACCCUCAUCUCCCUUCUGAGUACAUAAAUUAUCUAGAGAACCCCAUGGAAAUAAUUAGUGAAGCUGAGAAAUCUGCUGAAGAGGACAUUUGGAGUUUGAUGCAAUUCACAGAGAAUCUGCGCCGUCAAUAUGGGAAAGAGCCUUACUCAAUGGAGGUUCUAUUGAAAAAGCUUUAUGUGAAGAGAAUGGCAGCAGAUCUUGGGAUUACCAGGAUAUAUGCUUCAGGAAAGACGGUUAUCAUGAGAACAAAAAUGAAUAAAAAGGUUUUCAAGCUGAUAACAGAUUCAAUGGCUUCUGACAUCAUCAGAAAUUCUCUUGUUUUUGAGGAGAAUCAGAUUAAGGCGGAACUGCUUCUGGAGCUACCGAGAGAGCAGUUCCUCAAUUGGGUUUUCCAAUGCUUAGCUGAACUGCAUGCUUCCCUGCCAGCCCUUAUUAAGUACUAGUCCUCUUUACAGAAAAAUGCCCAUUCUUUCAGACUUGCUAUAUCAUCGGGUUCCCCCCCACUGAACAUCAGUCAAGAUUACAUAGUUGCUUCAGGCCUGAAAACGAACACCAAGAAACCCCGGAAGUAGCACCAAAGCUCCAGGGGCUGCCACCCUCAUGAUGUUUCAAAGCUGUGAUGCCCUUGUAAAGAUCAUGAGAUGUUCAAAAACUAAAACAAAAAUUGAGACAAAGCAUUAGAUAUUUGAAAAUUUAUUCCUAACAUGGGUGCCAGACACUGAUCAGAAUCAUAUUUUGCUUCUUCAAGGAUGAUACACAUACAGAGGUGAAGGGGACCAGGUGGGGAACAGAGAAGACUGCAGGUUAUGCUACUUUUAAACCACAUUCUUACAAUCUGUAAAAUCCAUCCCAGGGAAUUUGGAAUAUUUGUUUGAUCCAACCUGCCUUCAGGGUCUCGACGUGGUAGGUGUUUAAUUAUUUCUUAGUAAACAAACAGAAUGAACAGCAGAAACCAGCAGCAGGGACAGUGAUGGUAACUGGUCACGCAGGCUUCAUGUAGUUGAGUUGAGGGGUUGGUUUGAAAAAGAAAGGUCAAGCAGGGGAAAUUCAAAUUUGACUGGUUGGUCAGUUCAAUUUCAAAUUAAAAA